CUGCUCCUCUCUCUUUCUCUCUCUUACUGCGUUACUGUUCUGAGAUUCCGGCGUUAAGCUGUCAUCAUCUUCCCCCGUUCGACCCUCCUCUUCAUGGUCAUCCACUCUUUAGCCUUUAUAUUCACCACCAAGCGACCAAGCUCCCCCCCCAUUCCUACACAGCUCUGUCUUUCUCUCUCUUGUCUCUCUCUAGCGUCAACUGCUAGCUAGUUGCUAGGUGGGUUGCGCGAAAAAGUGGACAGCGAGUGCUCUCCUCCAAAGAAACAACCACCUCUCUCCACCGUACUGUCCUCAACUUUACUCUGUUUCCGGAGGAGGGAGAGAGAGAGUUUCUUUGUUGGGUAUAUCAGAUGAUGAAUCUAGGCCUUCAGCCGGAGAUGUUCUUUCACCUGAACGCGCCGCAGGUGAACCUGGCCGUCGCCGGCGAGUGCUCGGACAUGACGGUGCUGGAGAGGCAGCGCACUCGCUUCCUGUGGCUCCACGAGCAGCAGCAGCUCCUGCAGAAGGGUCAUUUCGGCGCGGGCCAGUUUGCCGCCGGGUACGGCGAUGGGUUCAUGAUGAUGAGCGGCGGCGGAGUAGCGAACCUGAACCGCCAUCUGAAGGUCGACCCGGGUUUUCUAAAAUAUACCUCCGAGGUCGGCGGGUACGAAAUUCCGGGCCAGGGUUUCGUGGCUUGCGAGAUCGAGGUUGGAACCGGUCCGGAGAUAACCAGCCCUAUUUCUCGGACCUCCAGCUGCCCUCCGCCGCCUGCGGCGUCGGUGGAUACCGGCUGUGGAGAGAUGGCCUCGUCGGAGAAGGCUGGCUCCCGAGUUAGGAAGGAUAGCUGCAAGAAGAGGAAAUAUGACAAAGCAAAGGACACGAAGGUCGAGGAUGAUCUCAAAGACAAGAAAUUCAAAGGAUCAGCAGAAGAGGGGGAGUCAAAGACAACAGAACAAACUAACGACAAGGACAGUAACAACAACAACAGAGAAACUUCUGCUAGCACUUCAAAGGAAAAUUCAAGAGUUUCGGAGGUCGAAAAGCCCGAUUAUAUCCAUGUCCGAGCUCGCCGAGGUCAAGCCACGGAUAGCCACAGCUUAGCUGAGAGAGCAAGGAGGGAAAAGAUCAGUCAGAGGACGAAGUACCUUCAGGAUUUAGUACCAGGGUGCAAUAAGAUAGCUGGGAAGGCAGGAAUGCUCGAUGAAAUCAUCAACUAUGUUCAAUCUCUUCAAGGACAAGUCGAGUUCUUGUCCAUGAAACUAGCUGCUGUGACUUCAAGAGUUGACUUCAACAUGGACCCCUUAUUGGCAAAAGAGAUGCUUCCCAACUGCACAGCCAGCUUCCCCGCAAUUGAUAUACCAACAGAGAUGAUUAAUGCUGCCUAUCUUCAGUAUAAUCCAGCACAUCAAGUGGUUUCAUGUCAGGAGUCCGAGGUUAUUCCCAAUGCCAAUGUUCAAAGAACGAUUAGCGCUCCCGCGCUGAUGGCCGAGGAAUUUUUCGACCCAUCUUCCUUCGCUCCACUUCAGCCCUCCUCUGCUUGGAACUUUGACGUACAAAACAUUUAGUAUGGAAUCACAGCAAGGAAGAACUACUAAUUUUGCCCCUGAGCAAUUUACAGGUUCACUUGAGCCCAGUGAUCUGAAAGAUGGAGGAUAUGGUGAGCCUGAUGACAACAUUCCCAAAACAAAAAAGAAAUUCAUUCCAAAGAUGCCCUGACCCAAAAUUCUUUUCUCUAUUCCUCAGUUUUAUAGCAUGUAUAUCUUAUUUGUAAUCAUACUAUAUUGCUCAAAGUAUGAACAAGAAUCAUGAAUACCCAUUAAAGCCCCCAUCUCUUUGCUGUUUUUGCUGUGA